AUGUCAUCCGCAGACAAAUCUAGACAAUCGUCUGGGGGCCGAUCCCUUUUCUCCAGAAGUAAGAACAAGGACAAAAAGCCGACAGAUGGUGACACCUUCGACGCCGCCAGCACUCUUAGCCUCCGGGCAUCUAGGCAUAAAAGAGAUUCCUCCUCUGUGUCUACCGAUAGACCCAUAUCUCCUGAUCCCGGAGUCAACAUGAUGGCGGGAGUGAUAACAUCUAUCCCCUACGAUAAUAUACCUUCCGGCUCACGAUCCCCGAUACCCGUCGAUUAUUUGCCCAACUCUGAACAAGCGCCAGUACGCAGAGAUCCGUUGCCUCAUCACCUUAACAAUAGUGGCAUGGACUUUCAUCAGUAUCCCUCGUUCGAUCCGUCAAGCACUAGGCCCAGAGAGUCUAACAUGACCAUGGCUUCUACUGGUCGCCAGGCCCAGUUUCAACAAUGGGGUCCUCGAGGGAGCACCGCUAGUACAGUAAAUGGUUUACAUACAUCUCGAUACGAAUCAUACCUUAGCGCCAAUGAUGGCCGCAACUCUGGGGACAACCUAAGCUUAUAUUCAGGUAAUGCUACCCAUCGAGAUGUUGGGGGGAUGACACACUCAUCGCAGCUAGCAUUACCAAGUGUCUCGUCGCAGAGUUCCUACGGCUCUCAGCCGUCGCAUCGAGAAUCCCAUCGGCAGACCAAGUUUCCCGGCCCCUUUUUAACAGCCCACGAGGGCUUUUACUUUCCAAAACCCGAUGAUAGUAACGUUAUCGAACAAAUGUUUCUUCAGCUCAUGCAAAAACGAGGAUGGCAUAACUUACCCGAGCAAGCUCGUCGACAAAUGAUGGCUUACCCGCCACAAAAGAAAUGGACACUUCUUUACCAAGAUCGUUUAACUGAGUGGCAGGGAGAGCAAAAGAGAAGGCAGACAGCACGGUCCAAUCACUAUGCCGCACCGGAUAUAACGACCUACUCCGAUGAAGAGGGCACACCGGAAUGGUACGUGCGAAAGGUCAUGGAAGAUAAGCUCGAUGUGAAGGGCCUUGGCAGUCUUGAAGUCAACUUGAGAACACAGCAGAUAGGCUGGGUCAAACGAUUUGUUGAAUGCCAGGGACAGGUGGCGUUGGUCACACUGCUACAAAAAAUCAACCGCAAGACGGCGGCUGGUCCCCCGCCGGACAAUGCACGAGCAGAGAAGAAUUUGGAUAAAGGUUACGACAUUAUUAAGUGCUUAAAAGCGCUUAUGAACAACAAAUUUGGUGCCGACGAUGCCUUGAUGCAGCAAAAGGUCCUGCUCGCCCUUGCAACCUGCCUCAUUUCAGCACGAAUCACAACUCGAAAGCUCGUAAGCGAAAUUCUUACAUUCCUGUGCACUUGGGGUCGCGAUGGUGAAGGCCACAUCAAGGUUAUUCAAGCUCUGGAUGAGCUGAAGACUCAAUCUGGUGAGAAUGGCAGGUUUGACGCUUGGAUGCGCUUGGUAGAAGUCACAGUUGAUGGCCGUGGUAAAAUGGGCAGUCUGGUUGGUGCCAGUGAGGAGGUUCGAACCGGUGGUAUUGGCAUGGAGAACCUGCUCAUGGAAUAUGCCGUCACCACUCUCAUGCUUGUCAAUAUGCUUGUCGAUGCGCCAGAGCAUGACCUUCAGCUGCGAAUUCAUAUUCGGGCCCAGUUCACAGCAUGUGGCAUCAAACGAAUCUUGACGAAAAUGGAAGGGUUCCAAUAUGAGCUUCUCGACAAGCAAAUCGAGAGAUUUCGCACAAAUGAAGCCAUUGAUUACGAGGAUAUGCUUGAGAGAGAGAAUAGCAGCAUCAAAGACAGCAUCGAGGGUGAAGUGAAGGACCUCACCGAUCCAGUCCAGAUCGCCGAUGUUAUACAGCAGAGAAUCCAUGGGAGCAAAGCACAGGACUAUUUUGUUUCAGCGCUGCAACAUCUUAUGCUCAUCCGUGCUCAAGACGGUGAAGAGCGAUUGCGUAUGUUUCAACUUGUUGACUCAAUGCUGAGCUACGUGGCCAUGGACCGACGGUUGCCAAACAUGGACCUUAAGCAAAGCCUCAACUUUACAGUCCAGAGUCUGCUAGACAAGCUGCAUACGGACUCAGAGGCGCGGCAGGCGCAGGAUGAGUCUCUCGAGUCGCGGCAGAUAGCGGAGGCUGCAAUGGCAGAGCGUGAUGAAAUGCGCGCCAGACUUGAACUGGGAGCUGAUGGGCUUGUAAAGAAAAUGCAGAAGCAACUCGACGAGCAAGCGCGAUUUAUUGAAGCCCAAAAAAGGCAAGCGGAGGGUCUGAAAGCUGAGCUUAACAACGUCCAGACAAUCCGUGCCAAAGAAGCUCAGAGAAACGAACUGGAGACCCGAGAGUUGUAUCUGAUGCUGAGAGACGCGCAAGACAUUGCGGCGUCCAAUGCUAUCAAAGGCAAUAAACACUAUGUCGACGGUAAUGACAUUGGCGACACCAAUAACGCGGACACAGCCGAGCAGAUGCAAGGCAUUUUGGACCGUGAGAAACUAAUGGAGCGUCUCCAGAAGCAGCUGGAACGACAAAAGACGCAAUACAAGUUGGAAGGCCGUGUUUGGGGCGAGGCCAGUGGUCCAUCUGACCGUUUACGAGCCUUACGUGAAGAAAUGGACGAUGAUAAUCUGGAAUCCCCAGCUGGGAGCGGAACACCGCCUCGUGAUCUCACGAACAGUGUCUUGGGCAGCGUCGGCCGCCAGACUAGAAUUACUCGGAAACCACUUCGCUCUGACCAAAAUGUUGAAGAUGGUGUCAUUGAAGGAAGUGAAGAAACAGAAGGCGAAGAAGGCGUCAUAUACGAACGUCCUCGUAUUGUUAAGAUGAAGCGGCCGACCAUCGAUCCUAAGCAACAAGCUGGUCUGGUAAACGAACUAGGGUCCAAGGUCAAGAAAUAUGAGGGCAGCGACUCGGAAGAUGGCGAUGUGGAGGCUACACCAUGCCACCCAGGCUUGGAAUCGUCAACACCAAGAACAUCACCGGAUAAUGAGGUACCCGAGGUCGAAUCUGUUGCAGCAGCUCCCCCUCCCCCUCCUCCUCCUCCCCCUCCACCGCCUCCGCCCAUGCCCAGCCAGAUUCUGGGUGCACCACCACCACCACCACCUCCACCACCACCUCCGCCCCCGAUGCCUGGUCAAAUUCUUGGCAGUCCUCCUCCUCCGCCUCCACCACCUCCCAUGCCUGGAGUUAUUCCUUCUGGUAACUACCUACCCCAGCAAUCAGAUUACACUGCUCCGAGUAUUGGUCUCCCUGUGGCACGGCCCAAGAAGAAGCUCAAGGCUUUGCAUUGGGAAAAGGUCGACACUCCAGAGACCAGUCACUGGGCUGCGCAUGCCCCGUCAGCUGAGGAACGAGAAGAGAAGUAUAACGAGCUCAGCCGAAAGGGCAUCUUGGACGAGGUUGAGAAGCUUUUCAUGGCCAAGGAGAUUAAGAAGUUGGGUGGUGGAAUGGCAAAGAGUAGUGACAAAAAGCAAAUUAUUUCUGCUGACCUGCGCAAGGCAUUCGAAAUCGCGUUUGCCAAGUUUUCACAACAUUCUGUCGAGAAGAUUGUCCGCAUGAUUAUUCAUUGUGAUGCUCAAGUGCUGGAUAAUCAGGUUGUCAUGGCGUUCCUACAAAAGGAUGACCUGUGCAACAUUUCUGACAAUGUAGCAAAACAAAUGGCACCGUACAGCCGAGAUCUUACUGGUCCUGAUGCGACGAGCCAGAACCGCGAGCAAGAUCCCUCGGAGCUCACGAGGCAGGACCAAAUCUACUUGCACACGGCGUUUGAGUUGCACCAUUACUGGAAGAGCCGCAUGAGGGCCCUUUGGCUAAGUAAAAACUUUGAGGCAGACUACGAGGAGCUCAAUGAGAGAAUAAAUCAGGUUGUGACAGUUUCAGAGAAUUUGAGAGACUCUGUAUCGCUAAUGAACGUCCUCGGACUCAUUCUCGAUAUUGGCAACUACAUGAAUGACGCCAACAAACAAGCACGCGGUUUCAAGCUUAGCUCAUUAGCACGGCUAGGUAUGGUCAAGGAUGACAAGAACGAAUCCUCGCUGGCAGAUUUGGUGGAGCGUAUAGUCAGAAGCCAGUAUCCUGAAUGGGAGGGAUUCGCCAACGAUAUUGGUGGCGUCGUGACAGCGCAAAAGAUCAAUGUGGAUCAGCUACAGACGGAUGCUAAGAAGUACAUUGAGACCAUCCGCAAUGUGCAAAUGUCUCUGGACUCGGGCAACCUCAGCGACCCCAAGCAAUUCCAUCCGGAAGACCGCGUCAGCCAAAUCGUGCAGCGAUGCAUGAAGGAUGCCCGUCGCAAGGCCGACCAAAUGGAGCUUUAUCUCGAUGAAAUGAUGAAAACGUACAAGGACAUUAUGGUGUUUUACGGAGAGGAUCCUACAGACGAAAACGCUCAACGAGAGUUCUUCGCCAAGCUGGCCAACUUUUUGAUGGAGUGGAAGAAAUCCAAGGAAAAGAACAUUCAGCUGGAGGAGAUUAAGAGACGAAAUGAAGCGUCUAUGAAGCGUAAGCACGCAGCGCAAAAGGGGGCAGCUACAGCGACUCUGGGCGAAGGCAGCCUCUCGCCAACCAACACCGGCGUGAUGGAUUCGCUGCUUGAAAAGCUCAGAGCAGCGGCGCCACAAGUUCGGGAUCAGAGAGAUCGACGUCGUCGCGCACGUCUCAAGGACAGACACCAAGUACGUGUGGCUUCGGGCCAAAAGAUCCCUGACCUGACUGAAGUAUCCGACGCCGAGACUGGAUCAGAAAAUAUUGAGAAGACCAUUGACGUGGAGGGCAAUCCGGCUAUCUGCGCGGAUUUAAGUAAGCCUAGAGAAGGACAGGACGAUCUUGCAAACCGAGCUGCUGCCUUACUACAAGGUAUGCGUGGCGACGGGGAUGAUGCUGCGAAGAGGGAGAGCCUACGGCAAGCAAGAAGGCAGACAGCCGAAGACGAGCGUCGACUAAGAAGACGAAGGAGAGAGAAAGCCGGCACUGGUCAAAUAAGCGGCACUAGGGAGGAAUCAGCUGCUACAGACAGCACUGUGGUUGGCGUACCAGAAACGGUUGAAGAAGAGGGGGAGAAGGAGCCAGAGCCCGACGAAGGGUCUGAAGAGGGAGCGGCCGUAGAAGCGGAAGGCGAGUAA